UCAUCUCUGCAAACCCCCCCUCUCCCUCCCCCUCGCUCCCUCGAGUCUCAAUCUUUCAAACACAGAAAACUCUCUAAAAUCCAAAAAACCAAAGCUUCUGAACCCUCUCUUUCUCUCUCUAGAAUUCCGAUAAACAAGAUUUAUGUGCCUUUUCUGGCUUGGAGAAAACAGAAUUCAAGAUGGCUGAUGAUACAUCAGUUGGUUCCAAAAGAAGAAUCACAGAGAUUGAAGAAGAAUCUCUCCUUCAACAACAACAAAAAGACCACUCUUGUUCUUUUUUCUCUACAUUCUCUCCUCAAGGAGACUCAAUUCUUUCACCUACAAAAGCAGUCCAAGAAGAAGCCAAUCAUCAAGACAAUCCAAGCCCAACGUCUUUCAAGAAGGCAAAGAGCUCUUGUUUAACUGAAUCUGAUACUAGUUUCCGAGAGAAACAAGGAGUGGGUUUUGAAGAAAAUGAAGUAAAGUUUGAUUUUUUGAAUGAAAAGAAUGUUGCUUUUUGUGGACUGGUUCCUGGGUCUUCUGAAAGUGGAGAGUUGGAUGAAAAGAUUGAGAGUUCUGGUGCGAAAGUGAAAGAAACUGAGAAUUCUGUGGAUGGUGGAUUAAAGAAAGGAGAAAUUGAAUGGAGUGUUGAUGAUGCGAAAGAAGUGAAAGAGAAGGGGAAAGAUUUUGUGGGAAGUGAAUGUUUUGAGGCUGAGAUGGGCUUGGGUACUGAUGAUAAUAAAGAGUCUGUGAAGGUGAAAGAAAGUGGAGGAGAAAGUUUAUUGGAAGCAAAGAAGAAGCAGUUACUGGAAGAACUUGAAGUUGGUUCAAUCUUUAAGAACAAAACCAGUGUGGAUAACAAUGUUGAUGAUUUUGAUACUAACGUGGGAGUCUCGGGAAGUCUCCAAGGAUUUGGUGAAUCUGUUAGACGUUCUUUGAAGUUUGAAUUGAUUGAUGAUACAGUGUUGAUUGAACCAGUUUCAGAGACCGAAACUGCUAAUGGUGGUGCUAAUGUUGCUGAGCGGAAUGGAAAGAAGAAUGGGAAACAGGGAACUGAUGGAAAGAAGGAGAAAAGGCCACGGAGAAGGGGAAAGGUUGCAACAAGGGGUUUGGAGACGAGUGAAGGGCAAAAGAAAGUGACCCAAGUUGGUGAAGCUCAAAAUGGAACAAUCCAUGUUGGUGAAAUUCGAUAUAGAUGUGCAACAGAUGGGGAUCAGAUGAAGAGGAAGUACUCGAGGUUGGAAAUGGAGGCCCUGAGGUUUGCAAAUAUUGUAGAACAGAGAAAAUUGUGGAGAGAUGUAUACACUGGACUUGGAUAUGAUGUCGUGGAGGGGUAUAAAGACUUGGCAAGUUCAAAGCAUCAGAAGAACGUUUGCUUGAACUUCAAUCCCCUGGAGCCUUUUGGAAGGAAGGAACCUGGCAUUCUUGGGGAAGAAUCAUCUGAAAAUGUGGAUGAUGGAUUAAAAAACAUGGAAGGAGAUGGGGUGCAAAAUGUGGAUCUAUUGAAUCCUGCUUGCAGUUUUUCUCUCAAAAUGACGGUCCCAGCACUAAACCAUAAGAUGCAACCAGCAGCUAUUGUUCAUGGGAGUUGUUCCCCUCAGCUUUCUGAAAGCGUUAUUGUCGAAAAAUUCAAUAACCUUAGAACUGAUGAAGUCCAAUCCUAUAAACAGCCCGACACUUCCAGCUCUGAGAGCAUCAUUGAUCAGCUAUGCAUGGAGAUUCGUGAAGAUCGUAGAAGCUUAACGCCUUCGCAGCAUCAAACUCCUGAAGCUUAGUCGAGUGAUGCUUUAUGCAACUACCCUACCUUACCGGUCAUUUUAGCUAUGGAUAGUGUUGCUCGAGUUUCCAUGCUGAGGCGGUGCAUAAAAUUGGCAGAAACUACAGACGCAUUGUCCAAGAAUGAUUGUGUGUGGCUGUUUGCGUUAUGUGCAGCAGUUGAUGCUCCAUUAGAUGCUGGCACGUGUGCUGCUCUUCGUGGUCUCCUCCGGAAAUGCGCUAGCUUGCGAGCUGGCAAAUCUGAACUUGAUGAUGAGGUUAUCAUGCUGAAUAUUCUUGCCACAAUUUCAGGCAGGUAUUUCGGUCAGUCUGAAAGCUGAAGCUUCUCAGUUCAACUAAACCAUGUCAAUUUGAAGGAGCAUAUGGAAAUGAUUUCCAUGUAUUGGGAAGAGUGUGUGUGUGUGUGUGUGUUUGCCUUCUCUUUUGCUGUGUUUGAAUUGGGUCAAAUGGCUGACCCGGUUAACUCCAGCCUGGUGCAAGCUUGCUCUUUAUAUUUUUUUUAUUAUCUAAUUCUCUAUCAGAGUUAUGCUCAAAUUUUGUAAAAUAUUAGCCCUGAAACUUUUAAAAGGACUGCCACAAGUUCUAAAAACAAUUUUUCUAUAAAUUAAUUUUGUCA